AGACAUCGACUCAGUUCGAAGAGAGGCGGCGAUCGGCUUUGGCCGCUAUUCAUUUAAUAAUUCAGAUCGUUUUCUCGUAGAUGGUAGCAUCAUGCGCAUGACUACCACACCUUCUCCCGACAAGCACUUCUUGCCACCCAUUUCAAGGGGAGGAACUUCAAGCGAUGAUAACAGAGACGCUUCUUCCGAACCACCGUCACGUCUACCUUCGCUAGAUACUUUUUCAACUUCUUCUCGCAUAUCUCAGUCAACGAGUGAACCCUCGUCUGGUUUAACAAGAUUGCCCCAUAUAGGAAAAUGUGCUCAAGAAUCGAAAACUUUAACUGGAGAUAUUCUCGAAAGGGAAUUGGAAAUACUUAAAAAGAAGAAAUCAGAAGCAAAUAAAUCUCAGCCAGCAACUGCCAGAGAGGAAUCUUCUCGUUCUUCUCAUCAGCAGCCCCUUCUCUUACCAAUUCGACAAAAUACGAAUAGAAAAUCGAGAAGGCGUAGAAAAGAAAAACUUCAGCCUAAACUCUCAACAGAGCAAGAUGGCGAUGAAAAAUGUCGUAAAUGGUUGGGAGAUUCGAAUACGUAAUAUUCGACGGAUAAACUUGAAAAUUAAUUAAAUAUAUAGUGCCUAUCUAUAAUUCU